AGUGCAUUGAAUAAACUUUCAUCAGGAUUCGAAGAUCGAGGAGCACAGCCACUGAACGGAGGUUCAGCUGCACAGAGUUCAGCCCUGCACGUAUUCGAUGCAUUUUUGGGUGUUGUGCACGACGGUGAUGAAGGCGAUUAUCUGCAAACACAAUGGGACUAUAUGCCGCCUGAACAUCGUAACUUCAUCAAAUGGGUUCGAAAGAGGGCGAUUCAACUUAUUCCAACGAUUCAACAGGCGGCUGAAUACCAAAAGACAAUCGAAACAUUGAAACAUUUUCGGUGUGAACACAUCAAAGUGGUCACCAGCUAUAUCGUGGUACCGUCAAGUGCGAAUAAACCAGGCGUUGGAACGGGUGGAACAUCGUUUAUGAAACUUUUGAAGAAGAUCCGGGAUGACUGCUUAUCCCAUUGA